GUAACCAUCAAGGAUGCAAAAGAGCAGUUUAGAACUUCAAUCCAAAGCAUUUGGUCCAACAAUUCACGUGGGGGCACAAAUUCAACACAGGAUCAAAAACUGGAGGAUACUGUCUUUGCUGCGUUCAUCUUUGAAUACUUUAUAUUAAGCACUGCCAGAGAGCGGCUGCACGUUACAAAUCCCGAAUUUAUUGAUGUGGAUGAAGAUCUGAGUAAGUGCAAAAUAGCCUUUCCUCUUUUUUUUUUCGGAAAUGAACUUCAUCAUGUACGUGUUUAGGCAAAUAAUGCGUUUACGUUAAGAGCCAGCACCACUAUCCUGUACAUCAGCUAAAACGAAGAAAAAUUCUGAUAUCUCUUCGUGUGCAGCAUCAGAAGAAUUAAGUUGGAGGAAAUGCAACUAAAUAAAUUCCAGUCAUGCUGGUCAUCGCCUGUACUGAGCUGUAGCAUUUGCAUCACAUAUUUUGCUUUUUUAUCAAUAUAGACUUUCGAGUUAGACGCAAUGUCCUCCAGAGAGGAGCUGACUUUCUGUUUAAUGGAAGUAAUCGCGGGAACUUUAUUAAGAUUCCCUCAGCUAAUCUGGAUCGAGGUAAAAAUAAUUUCUUGAACAACUCUUCAGCGGAAAUGGCUUCAUUCCGACGGGCAAUAACAAAUUUGCAAUAUGCAUUAUAACAUAGCUAGUAAAUUUGUGUAAUCAAAUUCAAUUGCGCGAGCGUGCUUCAUAUUCCUAUUGUGCACGCUCAUGACGUCAGGAAACAAAUCUGUCGAGAAAAAAAUUGAAAAUAUUAGAAAACAAUUGGUUCAUACGUCAUUUCUGUUUCCAAAGAUGCAAUUUUUUUGAAAAACGACCAUGAGUUUUAAAUCCUCUGAGCAAUUGAAUUAAACAAUCGAAGCACUUGGGAAGUGAGCAUCUUUCGUGCUCUCCAAACUUCCCGCGUGCUUCAUAUCUCGAUGAACGCUCGCUGACGUAUUAACCAAUUGUUAAUUAGUGUGCACUUAAUACAGGAGUUCUUGUUUUCUUUUUCCCUUUUUCCCUCCAUCUUAGUCCAAAUCGUUUUCUGUUUUGAAAUUUCUCAAGCCUCUUUCUUAUCCUUUCUUUUCUCUUUUUUAGGUUUCAUUACGAAGAAACUUUAUGGUUUUUGACAAAUUUUGAAUAUUGCGCUUUUUUCAUGAUCCAGCUGUCUAUAAUGACAUUUGUGCCCAGAGCAUUUAAAACCUAUGGUCGUUUUUCAAAAACAUUGCAUCUUUGGAAACAGGAAUCAAUACAUUUCUCAUUUCUCUUUUAAACAGACUCUACAGUACUUGGGCUCGAAUACAACAACCUUUCUAAGCUUUUAUCAAACUAUUCAGCAGACACUAAGAGAGACAACACAACAAAGUAUGUGUAUUUUAUUUUGAUAAAUGAAAAUGAAAUAGGAAAAAAGCAUUUUACUAUUUUUGAUCAUUCAAUCUGUUUCAUUUCAGGAUACUUGACAGUGUAAUUAUGUCUGCCGUAACAAACCCUCCGCCCAAGGUUCUACCAGAAAACAUCACAUUGGUUUUUAAGAACAUGCAGGUAUAUCCGCGACUCGUUCGUUAUCUGUUUACCGUUUUUUUUCUUUAUUUUUUUUAUUUUUUUUGAAUUGGAGUUUUCUUGUUUGUUUGAUUUUGGUUUGUUUCAUGAAAGGGAAACACCAAUAGUCCAUUCAUUCCUCAUUUGGGUGAAUAUGUUGUCAUCUUUUCCCUAAGUUCAAUCUAAGAUUUGAUGAUUGGCCCAUAAUUUGAAAACUUCAAAUUAUGUACAUUCAACAGAUUCACCCAAAUUCCUCAUUUGGGUGAAUAUGUUGUCAUCUUUUCCCUCAGUUCAAACUAAGAUUUGAUGACUUACCCAUAAUUUGAAAACUGCCCAUGACCUGAUUAAUAAAUCAGCAUCACAUCCCAUAAGGCUUCCUGCAAAUUUUUAAAUUUCGUCACCUUGAAGCCAUCACACAGGGGGGAGGGAAGGGGGGAGGGGGACUAUGAGACACUGGCAGCCCUCUUCGAUUUUACAUCGAAGACUUGAGGAAUUCGAAUUGAAAAACAAAUUAACAAAUUCGUUUUUGCUGAGUAACAAAUUUAGACUUCGUUAAUGGAGUGGAUCCUAGAGACCUCCAUGUUGAGAAUUACUUUUUAACUUGGAAGGUUACAUUAAUAUUCUAUGACUAUAACGCCUUACGAGUCUGCUACUAGUGAGGCAUCACCGAGGUGAACGCUGAAGCCUCUUUAUAUUACUCUUUUUUUUUUUCCAAUAGGUGAAUCGUAAAAAAAGAACAUGUGUAUUCUGGAGCUUCUCAGAAGAAAAGUAAGCACCACAGUAACGUAAAAUUUAUAACCAACGUGAAUUCUUCCAGUUUUUCAUCUGGAAGAAAGCUAAAAGUAUCAGAAAUCACUUUAGUGCAAUUAGUAGAGGGGGUUUCUGAUCGAAUGAGUUAUUUUGACUCCUUUCUACUCAUCAAAUUAUUUUUUAAAGCUUUGGGAGUUGGUCAAGUGAAGGAUGUCAAACAAAGUUGAUAUCCGAUCAUUACACGGAAUGUGUUUGCAAUCAUCUCACCCACUUCGCUGUGCUCAUGGAUUUCACCGACAAUGCUGAUGACGGGAAGGUGGAUAUUUUUUCCUCCCAAAUAGAAUCAUAUGAAUCUAAAAAAGGUACAUAGAAGCUUUAAAAGUCUGGCAUUUAUUUGUAUUUGUUAAUAUAGAUAUUUCCUUUGAUGCAAAUAAAAUAAUUAUGACGUUUACAGUUUUUCAAUCAGGAUAAAACUCUUUCGUCAUAUGAGCAUCACAAAAUACUGACACUCCUCACUCGAGUGGGGAUGGCUUUAUCUCUCAUUGGAGUCAUACUCACAAUUAUCAGCUAUCUUCAGCUUACGUAAGUACACUUAAUUAGCACUGAUAUCUAACUGUAUUGUGGAAAAUUAACUAUACCUAAAAGGAUGGAAAAUAAGCCCUCAAAUCAGUUCUGGAUCGCUGUCAGUACAGACCGCUCGUAUCAUGAAAAGAAAUCAAACGUUUUGAGAUGAUCUUUCUUAAAAAAUGAUAUUUUAAUAGAAACUUUCUGGUCAGUAUUCUUUUAUCCAUUCGCUAUUCACUAAUUAAUUCGUGUAAAAAUUGUAUUAUGCCAGCAUAAUUAUUCCUUGCGAUUGUCUUUUUGACCUUGGCUUUUUUCUGACUGCUAAAUCAAUUUCAUUUCGUUACCAUUUAUUGACUUGUUUGUAGAGACAGAAAUUUACCUUUGUGUCACAUACGGGUUAGUCUGACAUCCUGCAUUGGAGCAGGACAUAUCAUCUUUUUCGCUGGAAUCGACUCCACUGGAAACCAGGUGACUCUUUGAUCUCCUACUUUCGUGUUGCUUAUUUAAGGUUGCUGUUCUUGUGAUUGAUUGUUUGUUUGUUUGCUUGUUUUUAAUUUGUUCCAGCUUCUUAAUGAUUUGAAGACUUACUGAUCCAUCGAGUGAUUCUUUUUUCUUGUUCUUGUUCUUUUUUUUUUUUUUUUUUUUUUUUGCGGUUUUAUAUGUUUUCUAUGUUAUAGUUUUGCCUUGUUCAUUCUGUUUACUUUGGUUUUUGUUUCUUUCUGUUUUUCGGAUUAUUAUUUCGGCAAAUACCAUUUGACGGGAAAAUUAUAACAUUUUUACAGAUUACCUAUUUCUUGCAGGCUGCUUGUGUAGCUGUGGCAGCUCUUAUGCAGUAUUUCCUGAUGGCCAGUUUUUGCUGGAUGCUUGUCGAGGGGAUUUAUAUCUAUUUAUUUGUUGUAAAGGUUUACAACAUUAGCGAUAAAAUACAUCGCUAUCAUGGUUUCUGCUGGGGUGAGGAGCAAGAAAUGAGAAAAAUGGGAUAGGACUUGAAGAAAUACUUGAGGAAAUAUCUCGAUUCUGAUUUGCGAAAACCAAACUGAACAAAAAGAUCUUAACAUGGCUUUGUUUUUAAUACUUCAAAUGAACACACGCAUUUUUUGGAAACCAUUGGAUCGUCUCGAGUUGUACUUGAGUUAAUCGUAAAAUAUUCUCGGUGCUCAUUAGAGUUAGUUACAAAUGCAAAUUUGGUUGGCUGAAGUCACGCAGCUAUGUCUAAUUUGCGGUGUUUUAGUAAUUUCAUACCCACGACCAAAAGGUUUCAAGAGUUAACAACAUAAAAAAUCACAUUGAAAAUUCAUAUAAUCGCGUAACAACUUACCGCCGGUGGUUCAUUAAAAUCAUUAACUUCUACAGUCAUCUGCUUUGGCAAAUGAAAUUACACUAGUACUUGAUUAUUUUUGCUGUAAUGUCUUACUUAAACUGGCAGUCUUUCAUCAUUACUUUCCUCAGGACUGCCUGCAAUCAUAGUUGCUCUAUCUCUGCCAAUCGCUGCAGGAAAUGACGGAAUCGAAACUUUUGUCGAUGGUGAAAAGUAAGUUUUAAAGUUUGUUUAUUUUAUCAACUCUAUAGAAAAUGGUGGAAGCCGAUUUUAUGAACCUGAAAAAAAAGUGGGAAAGGGGGAAGGUAACGGAGAAAGAGCCUUGGUUCCCUAGUGUGACCUUCCCUUUUCCCUGACUCCUAUAUUUUGUAAACCAGGACUCUAGGGAAUGCAAGGGCUUAAUAACAAAAACCUGCAGCCCUUUUAACUGGCCUCAGGCACCAGGCACCAGGCACGCCCUUCUUUUAAGCUGCAAGCCAUGGAUCUCUCCAUGUAUUACAGUAGAAGUAAUGGAAGAGUUUCUCAAAGUAAUAUAAAGGCAACAUGCUGCCUCAAAAAUGGGUUUCGAUUGGACAUUCUGCCAUGAAACACCUUUAAGUGCUGCUAUCGACGUAGAAAACAAAUUUAAACUUUGUUCCCCUGUGCCUUUUUUUUCUAAUUCUAAAUUCUAGAUUGUAAAAUUAUAUUUUAAAUUAUAAACCUGCGAAAAAAAAAAGGGGGAUGGGGAAAGGUAAAGGAGAAAGAACCUUAUUGCCCUAGUGUCACCUUCCCUUUUCCCUGCCUCCUGUGAUUUGUAAACCAAGACAUGGGAAUGCAAGAGCUUAAUAACAGAAACCUGCAGCCUUUUUGACUGGCCUCCCUCCCCCUCCCUCCCCCCCCCCACCCUUACCCCUUACCCCUUACCCACCAAGCACCCUCCUCUUUCAAGCUGUGGAUCUCUCCAUGUAUUAGAGUGGAAAAGAGGGAGAGUUUGUAAAUUAUUAUCCAACAUGGCGUAAUUUUGGAAAGUAAUAUAAUGGCAACAUGCUGCAUUAAAAAAUGGUUUUGGAUUUGACAUUUGACAUUGCCAUGAAACACCUUUAAAUGCUGCUAUCGAUGUAGACAACAAAUUAAAAGUUUGCUCUCCCGUGCCUUUUGUUUUUAUAAUUCUAAGCUGCUGGAUGUCCUCCUCUAAUAAUAUCAUCUGGAUAUUUGUUUCCUUUGUUGGACUGAUCGCAAUUGUAAGUGGCAACAGAUUGAAUUUCUUCGAUGGAUACCAGUUUAGUCAUCUGAAAAUAGUUGUUUCAACGUUGAUUAGAUCAACAUUUUUUCGAUAAUUUCUAUUCUCUUGAUGAGUCUUUGAUUUUCCUCUCAAAAAACUUACAACAGAAGCAGGUGCAAUAAAAAUAUCCUACAGUUCCUUUUUUCCCUCUUCAUCUUCUCCCUCUUCUUUUGUUUUCCUUUUUAAUAACUGAAGAUUAACAUUAUGAUCCUCGUGCGAGUUAUCAAGGAAUUGACAGCAAACCAACAGGUGAACGAGAGCCAAACUGAGCAGAUCAGGUGGGAUUAUUCGUGUUACUUCUCCUUAAAUGUCUCCAUAAUGUCAAUUUUUUUUUCUUUAAAGUGCUUCAACUUUAAAUAAUCUCGUAAAACAGCUUGUUACAAAGAAAAACUGGCCUGAACAGGCUUGACAGGCUUUGAAUGACGCCCUAGCACAUAAAAUAUAGUGCGUUUUCGAUGGAAGACUUUCAAAGUGCUUGUUUUGUCACUCCCGACAUAUAUCAAGUAUUCAUUACCUUCAAUUUGAGAGUUUUCAAUCUUUCUUUAUUUCAGCUUGUGGGAAAAAGAUUAAGAAUUCAGUUUAACGCUUGGGUUUUCAAAGUGACUCUUCAUUUGGUCUCUUCCAGGCUUGGUGUCCGUGCAUGCGUGGUGUUGGCUCCAUUGCUGGGUGUCACGUGGCUGAUUGGCUUCCUUGUGCCGUUACACAUCGCCUUCUCCUACAUUUUUGUAAUCCUUAAUUCCACUCAGGUAAUGUCGUAUAAAACCUUAAAGGUUUGUUCAAGCAUUUGGUCGCUCAUGGGUAAAGAUAAGAGCGUACCUACAACGUGAUAAGCAUCAGAAAUACUGAAAAGUUUCUCCAUAUCCCAGGAUAAUUCAGAAUAACUUUUAGACACCAGACCCGUGACCCUCCGUAAACAAGCCGACUCGAGACCAUUUAAACCUUUCUUUUGCACUUGUAUUUCCAUUUUCAAAGCCUUAACUCUGCUUAAUUAUGAUAUUGGACUCACCAUGAAUCGAUUACAUCUGACGGAUAGAAUUGUAUUCGGGAAAAUAAGCCUCAGAUAAGUAAACGAUCAUAGCUAAUAAGGAAAGGGGACCUUCAGCUGAGUUGUUCUAAAAGACACAACCCUACAUUCACGACAAAAAAAAAAAAAAGGCAAAACAAUUUUGAAAAAAGUGGAAAGCUUCUUUCAUUUCUGCGUCUAUUUGCUCAUUUGUUUACCUAUUAACCAAUAAAGUUAUAUCUAUAUAUUUUUAAAGGGAUUAUUCAUUUUCUUCUUUCACUGCUUGGGAAACAGUGAGGUAAAUAUGAACUUUGAGUCUUCGCAUUUCAUAUCAAGAAAAGCUGGUUACAUAUAAUGAGAUUCUCUUCUUUGAAUUCUAAUCCCUAUCUAGAUAAGGGGGCGUUUCAAAAGAAGAGUCCAAAAAAUCCACCCAGGUGCAUUUAAUCAAAGGCAAGGUGACAAUAGUGGAAACUCUCAAGCCCGUCAAAGU